UCGUCCCCGAGGCGGCCCAGGGGGCGCAGAGCUUUCCAGCGAGUCGCUGCGGUGUCCGGGCGCCGCCUCCUGCUCGGCUCAGCCACCAGCUCCUUCCUCCUCCCGCUGUCCGCACACCUGCCGGCUCUGUUAUGGCGACCCGCAGCCCCAGCGUCGUGAUAAGUGAUGAUGAACCAGGUUAUGACCUAGAUUUAUUUUGUAUACCUAACCAUUACGCUGAGGAUUUGGAGAAGGUGUUUAUUCCUCAUGGACUAAUUAUGGACAGGACAGAACGGCUCGCCCGAGAUGUGAUGAAGGAGAUGGGCGGGCAUCAUAUCGUGGCCCUCUGUGUGCUCAAGGGAGGCUAUAAAUUCUUUGCUGACCUGUUGGACUACAUUAAAGCACUGAACAGAAAUAGUGACAGAUCCAUUCCUAUGACUGUAGAUUUUAUCAGACUGAAGAGCUACUGUAAUGACCAGUCAACAGGGGACAUAAAAGUCAUUGGUGGAGACGAUCUUUCGACUUUAACUGGAAAGAACGUCUUGAUUGUUGAAGAUAUAAUUGACACUGGCAAAACAAUGCAGACCUUGCUUUCCAUGGUCAAGCAGUAUAAUCCCAAGAUGGUGAAGGUCGCGAGCCUGUUGGUGAAAAGGACCCCUCGAAGUGUUGGAUACAGACCAGACUUUGUUGGAUUUGAAAUUCCAGACAAGUUUGUUGUAGGAUAUGCCCUUGACUAUAAUGAAUACUUCAGGGAUCUGAACCAUGUUUGUGUCAUUAGUGAAACUGGAAAAGCAAAAUACAAAGCCUAAGGCAGUGGAGUCCCUAUUGAGUUUGGAAACAGCUGAAGCACCACAGAAAAUCAGCAGCAAACCUUCGAAAUGUUCUAGUUCUGUGUUCAGCUGCGUGGUAGAACUCAUUGCAUGUGUGUCCUAUGAAAUUCUAUCUGUUCGGUAUUUUAGAAAUGUCAACUGCUGCAUCCCUGAGAACUCUUUAUUUGCUCUAUUAACCUACAGACUCUCGGUUCCCUUGGGGUGAACUGACGUUUGACUUGUGAAUGAAGAAAAAAAAAAUGUCUUAAGCCACACCACUGUUGAAUGAAAAAUAUUGAAAUGGUAUCUCUAAGAAACAUUUAAAGAGAAGAUAUAUUAGUUUUUUAAUUGGUAUUUUAAUGUUUCUAUAUUCAUGAAAGAACCGAAGUGAUUGAAUAUUGUUAAUCAUGCUGCUAGGAAUUUAGAAGCAGAGACAUUCUAUUGGUUGGUCUAUAUGGGUUGGAAUUACUGUAGGAAGGUUUCAGUAGUAUUAACUGUAUUUUUCUGCUUGUUCAUUUUAUUUCCUGUGACCCUUUGUCAACAGUUCCUUUCAAAUACAGGUCAAAACGCUUUAUCACUUCAUGAAUUUGUUAAUGUUAAAAUCAUUAAAGUAAUGUCUCUUUAAAAGAAA